AUGACUCUCCAUCAGAAUCGAUCCAUGCUAGCUCAAUGCAUUAAAUUAAUACGGAGUCAAAACCGACAGCUGCAAAAAAAUUAUACGCUAGAGCAACGCAACAAAAGAAGGCUAAGGAAUCUUUUACGGAAAUUAAAAAGUCACAGGUCACACAGCCUAUUUCUCAGAAAAAGUUUAAACAACUUAAAAAAAUCCAUUAUUGAGCAUUUUUGGACUCAAACCCCAAUAAAUACUCACGAUGGACCUUUACAAACUAAACUGGAGUUUUUAAGAAUUUUAGCUAACAGAAAUUUAACAGAAGCUAAAGAAUGUGUGAAAGUUACAAAGGAUAUGAUGAAAAUCCAUGGAAGAAGGGAAAAUAGGUCCAGAAGACGUACACCAAAAAGUUCCUUUGAAAAAGCUAUAUGGGAGUUCUUUAAUGCUAUUGAAAUCUACAAUAAAAGCGAAACAAAAAAGAAAAACACAACCUCUGCUAAACCAUUGGAUGGUGUAGAAAGGUUGUCCACAAAGCCACUGCUACCCAUGUCAUCAACGGCCACCGAGAUUAUCAACCGUUUAUACGAGCAAAAAAGAAUAUCUUUAGAAGAACCAAAAAGAUUUCACAAAAAAAUCGAUACCACGAGAUUACAAACCAAUAGUACUUUAAACCUUUUACCAAAGUAUAGGCAACGGGAUCAAAUAAAUGCAGUGUUGGGCGAUUUGCUGGGUAAACAUAAGGAGUAUUCGGGAAUAGCUAAAACCCCUGAGGAUGCGCACAAAUUAAAGAAAAUUCUCAAGUGGCGAUACAUUCACAAUGUGCAAAAGAUAUUACACAAUCAUGUCAAGCAGCUUAAAGCCGACAUAAACAUAGACGGAAGGUCAGAAACAGGAUCUAGAAGGUCUCAAGUUUCAUAUAGGUCUAUUCGGGCCAGUUAUCAGGUACCAAAUAGGUAUGCAAUGCCUAAAAAAUCAUCUGAUACCGACACUUCCCCGAUAAAGCCUAUUCACGAAAUCUUCAUCCGUUCCCAAAUGGAUUGGUUGAGAUCUAGGCUUUUUGAUCAGGACGUGGAGAGAAUGGAGCAAAUGAUCAUGGGUAGGCAUGUGCCUAUAAAUGAGGACGAACUAGAGAUUUUUAGGAAAUAUAAAUAUGAUCCUCAGCAUUACAAUAUCCUGAUACUAUCGAUUGGCAAACACAUUUCUGAUGAUAAAUACGAGGAAAACCUCCCAAUCCUGGAGCGAAAUUUCCAAUUUAUAAGCCACCAAUUGGAGGCGCUUUCCCGAGAAAAAAGAAUAAAGAUAAUGCAGGACAAAAGCAAAAUGCAAAGAGCAGAGGAGGAAGUAGCCUCAAAGAAUUCUGGCGAUAGCUGCCACUAUGAACGUAUUGACUUCAAUGAAGCCUUUCUGGAAAAAAGGAGGGAAGUUUGGGCAGCAUUCAUUGCCAAACAGGCUAAGUCACCCACAGAAAUUCUUUUGGAAGCUAACCGGAAACAGAAGCGAAAAGCUUUGAUUGCCCAAAAAAGGGAAAAACGGAAGCAACGCAAGAAACAAGAGCAGCAGAUUCCCAAACACAGGAGGUCGCUCACUGCCCUGUACAGAGCUCCAAGGCUUACGCACCGAGAGCAACAAGCCAUCAAGGAUAUCCGGGAGGAGCUGAAGGGCAGGAAGUCAAAGUGCUCAGUCACAUCAUUGUGCUGCCUGCAAUGCAGCAGGUGCGGCUUGAUCUGGACACAGAGGUGUUCCGAAGACUCCACCGAUGGAACAGAUGAACACAUCUGUCCAGUGUACAAAUUGAAAGAAUCUCAAAGGAGAAGCAUAUUUCGGAGUGCUGCAGAAAUCUGCAACUGA